AUGUGGAAGUUAAUAAGUCUUAUACUUAUUAGUAAAACAUUUGAAGGACUUAAUGCAGAACGGAAUAAUUAUUUUGGCAUUGAAUUAUUACAGGGAAUUAACGAACAGACCACAGGAAAUGUGGUAAUUUCACCGCUAAGUGUUAAAUCAGCUCUGACUAUUUUAUCAGAGGCAACCGGAGGUGAUACUCGAGAGGAACUUUUGUCAGCUCUGAGACUUCCUUCUGACAUAUCGCAAAUUCGUGAUAUAUCCAAACAAAUACUGCAAUCUUUGUUGACAACUACCAAUGGAACAGAAAUCGAUGCAGCGAACCGCCUGUGGCUUGAACAGGGAACUCAAUUAUCGGAUAAUUUUAAUAACAUAUUAAAAUCCAAUUACGGCGGUGACACCAGCAAUGUUGCCUUUAGUAACAUCCAGUCAACAGUAUUAACUAUUAAUAACUGGGUUCGGCAAUUUACCCGCGGUCAUAUAGACUCUAUUGUUGAUUCAAGCUCACUGAGUCCAGCGACUAAAAUACUAUUGACAUCCGCGCUUUAUUUCAAAGGCAACUGGAAAAAGGCAUUCGAUAAAAACUUAACUCGUAAUCGAUGUUUCAAUAUUCCUAAUCAAGCUUGUCAUACUGUACCGAUGAUGGAAAGUGUUUCCAAUUAUUUUUAUGCCUCCAUUCCGGAUUUAAAAGCUGAAGUUGUUGAAAUUCCUUACGAUGAUGACAAAAUAUCAAUGUUAGUUUUCUUACCAACCAAGGAAGGUCUACAAAGUUUAUCAAUUUUAUCGAGAGAUUUAUCAUAUACAUCUAUAUCUUCAAUACUUAACAGUCUUCGAGAAACAGAAUUGAUACUUUUGAUGCCUAGAUUUAGUGUUGAAACUAAAACAGAUUUGCGCUCAACUCUCGAAACGUUGGGAAUCAGACAAUUGUUUACCGUAAAUGCAAAUUUUACUAAUUUUUUGAUAAAUGGCGGUGCUAAAGUUGACAGCGUUCUUCAUAAUGCCAAAAUAGAAGUCAAUGAGGAUGGUACUGUUGCAGCUGCAGUUACAGGACUGUCAGUGGUUCCACUGAUGGGAUCAUCGAUCGACGCAUUUAGAGUAAAUCGUCCAUUCUUGUUAAUGCUAAUUGAUCGUCAAACCAACAGCAUAAUAUUUAGCGGUCGCGUAAUUCGACCAUGA